CUGUCCGCAGCGCAACGGGUAGGUGGGACCGACGACCGAUGAAAUUAAACCGCUGCUGGGAAACUAUAAAAAGUGACCGACAACGUUGCACCGGUGUGAAGGAUAUCUAUUGGCACCGAUUGUGAAGAAGCAAACGCCGUUUUGUCGUCCGGAACAAGUGUCAUUAGCAACAGACGCUUCUGUUGCAUGCCAGGUUGCAGUAAGAGAGACCCUGCCCCUCCGCCAAAAUCCGGCUGUUAGAUGUGACCACGAGGUUGAUAAGGAGAAGCCACCAUGUCUUAAACACAGACGGACCCUCUGGAGCCCUGUCCCCCCACCCUGGACCCCCCUCCCCUAUCCAUCACCUAACCCCAUCCCCCAGCCCUAUCCCACUCCCAGAGCUCCCUCCCCAUGUGAGGGACAGGCUCCCAAGCUCUGGCUCUGCGCUGGCUCCUCCCUCCCCUCCCGCCGGAGACAUGAGCCUCCAGAAACACCAGCAAUUGGGUGGCAGUGGCGGUGGGGUGAUGGGCUCUGACCGGGACCUUCAAUCCACUGCCUCCUCCAUCUCCUUACCCUCCGUUAAGAAGGCCCCCAAGAAGAGGCGCCUCUCUCUGGCCUCGCUGUUCCGACGUCGAGGUCGGGAGCACAAGUCUGGGCGCCACAGGUCCCGAGAUCCCCAGCAUUAUGGGGCAGGAGGGCUGGGAGGGGUGGAUGGCAUUGCCAGCAUCGAGAGCAUCCACUCUGAGAUGUGUAAUGAUAAGAACUCUGCCUUCUACUCUGUAGCAGGGGCUGGAGUAGCCACCACUGCUGCUGCUGCCUCCACCUCAUCUGCCACUGGGCCCUGCUCCUCAACCUCUUCCUCAUCCUCCUCCAAGGGGGCUGGUGGAGUUGGGGCAGGCACAGAGCUGCUGGAGUGCCCCUUGUGCCUUCUGCGCCACUCUCGGGAGAGCUUCCCCGACAUCAUGACCUGUCACCACCGCUCCUGUGCAGACUGCCUGCGCCAAUACCUUCGUAUCGAGAUCUCAGAGUCCCGCGUCAACAUUAGCUGUCCUGAGUGCUCAGAGCGCUUCAACCCACAUGACAUACGCAUGAUCCUGGGUGACCGGGCCCUCAUGGAAAAAUACGAGGAGUUCAUGCUGAGAAGGUGGUUGGUGGCUGACCCUGACUGUCGCUGGUGCCCUGCGCCGGACUGCGGGUAUGCAGUUAUCGCUUUUGGCUGUGCCAGCUGUCCUAAGAUCACGUGUGGCCGGGAGGGCUGCGGCACAGAGUUCUGCUAUCACUGUAAGCAGUUGUGGCACCCCAACCAGACCUGUGACGCUGCACGGCAACAGAGGGCCCAGAGCCUCCGUCUGAGGACGGUGCGCUCCUCCUCACUCAGCUACAGCCAGGAGAGCGGGGCUGCAGCUGAUGACAUCAAGCCAUGUCCUCGUUGUGCUGCUUACAUCAUCAAGAUGAAUGAUGGAAGCUGUAACCACAUGACAUGUGCUGUCUGUGGCUGUGAAUUCUGCUGGCUGUGCAUGAAAGAGAUCUCUGACCUGCACUACCUGAGUCCGUCAGGCUGUACAUUCUGGGGGAAGAAGCCAUGGAGCAGGAAGAAGAAAAUCCUCUGGCAACUGGGCACGUUGGUUGGUGCCCCAGUUGGCAUUGCACUCAUCGCUGGUAUAGCCAUUCCUGCCAUGAUUAUUGGCAUCCCUGUGUAUGUGGGGAGGAAGAUCCAUAACCGCUAUGAAGGCAAAGACAUUUCCAACCACAAGAGGAACCUGGUGAUUGCCGGUGGAGUGACCCUCUCCGUCAUUGUGUCUCCAGUGGUAGCAGCGGUCACUGUUGGCAUUGGAGUGCCCAUCAUGCUGGCUUAUGUGUAUGGCGUGGUGCCCAUCUCGCUGUGCCGCAGUGGGGGCUGUGGCGUCUCUGCUGGGAAUGGCAAAGGUGUUCGCAUUGAGUUUGAUGAUGAGAAUGACAUGAACCCUGGGAGUGGGGCCGCUGUAACAGACACCACUUCAGUGGCAGAUACAAGAAACAACCCAAGUAUAGGGGAGGGAAGCGUAGGGGGUCUGACUGGCAGCCUUAGUGCCAGUGGCAGCCACAUGGACCGACUUGGGGCCAUCAGGGACAACCUGAGUGAGACAGCCUCCACUAUGGCCUUGGCUGGAGCCAGCAUCACCGGCAGCCUCUCUGGUGCCAUGGUCAACUACCUUAACAGGUUGGAGGUGCAGGCCGAUGUGCAGAAGGAGGGUUGUAGCCUGAGCGGGGAGUCUGGUACUGUCAGCCUGGGGACAAUCAGUGACAAUGCUAGUACCAAAGCAAUGGCUGGAUCUAUACUCAAUGCCUACAUACCCCUUGACAGAGAAGGGAACAGUAUGGAGGUGCAGGUGGACAUCGAGUCUAAACCCAGCAAAUUACGUCACCACAGUGGCAGCAGCAGCAUGGAUGAUGGCAGUCAUGUUGGGCGCUGUGGCUGGACCUGCCCCUCUGCUGGCUGCACCUCCUCAGAGGGCAAAGGAACAGCUGCCAAGUGGGCCAAGGAGCCCUCCUGCUCCUCCUCUUCUGGGUCAGGGGGGAAGAAGAGCAAAGGUAAAUUGCGCAAGAAAGGCGGCGGAGGCACCAAGAUCAACGAGACACGGGAGGACAUGGACGCUCAACUGCUAGAGCAGCGCAGCACCAACUCCUCCGAGUUUGACUCCCCAUCGCUGAGCGGCAGCCUGCCAUCUGUGGCUGACUCCCACUCCAGCCACUUCUCUGAGUUCAGCUGCUCUGACCUGGAGAGCAUGAAGACAUCCUGUAGCCACGGCUCUGGUGGAGGCGACUACCACACACGCUUCGCCACCGUCAGCCCUCUGCCUGAGGUGGAGAACGAUCGCCUGGAGAAUGGCCCCACAUCAUCAUCUUCUUCCCAGGGACAAGGGCCUGCGAUCACCCCCCACUCCCCCAUCUCCACCAGUUCCUCCCUGGGCCACGGCUCAGAGCUCGCCCCUCUGUGCUUCAGUGCGGAGGAGAAUGUCAACCUGGUGUGCCCUGCCGAACUGGACUCUCACAGCACCUCUGGAGAACUACUUAAAGAAACCAACAAUAACAACCACCAUCGCCACCCACCACAGCAUCAUACCCCCACCCAGCAGCAGCAGCAGCAGCCCAAGAACUCCUGCAUACAGACUGAAAUCUAAUACCUUAAGUGCUGUAGAUACACCAUAUUUUUAGUUAACAUCUUAUUCCCCCACCAAUCUAACCCCUAUAGCUUAGAGAGUUAAAACUGCAUUUUGUCAGGCGUUCCCUUCUGAAGGAACACAGUGUUGUAGGAUGUAUGUCCUUCAAAGAAUAAAAAAUGAGGUGUUCACUGACUGUUGAGAGAUUUGUUUGAAGUGUUGAAUCUUUGUUACCUUUUUUUAAAAAAUCGGCGUCAUCGUGAGAAAUAAGAUUGUGAACGCUGGUGUUUUCUCCCUGUGUAACCCUCAGACUGCUAUCCUCUUAGUUUAAACACUUCAUUGGUAGUUCAAUGCUCCUCAGCCACUCAAUGUAAGGCAACCCAUUGGAUUGGUUGCUGUCAUUUUGAUCUGUGUAGGUAAGCAUAUUAAAACCACUGUGCUGGAUUUUCCAGCUUUUUAUUUGGCUUUUCACCCCAGAUGCAACACCAUACAUGAAUCAAAAAGUUACAGCUUUAUGUUACCAAAAAUGAACUAAAAAUAGGGACCAGGCAAUAUGAGUCACCUUUUUAUUUUUUUCCAUACUGAAUUUGUUAUAGAGAGAGGAGCACCUCUUUUCUAUAUUUAUUUGAUUACUUUUUUUGGAACCCUCUGGUCUUGAAAUAUUGGGCUUGGACUCUGCUUCCAAGAUAAAUUUUGGCAUCAAAAUCCUCUCAUCAGUUUUUUUGUUUUUAUUUCCAUAACAUCAUUGAGGGUCUCUUAAGGUGGAAGCACCACCCAGCCUGAGCCCUGCUUUGGGAGAUAGUGCUUGACCUCUCUGUGGCGACUUUCUAACAGCUGAGUUCAGAUGUGCGGCACAAACGGUCUGAAACAAAACACUAUGUGCUAACCUAUGUAAGUGCUGUAAUGCCUUUGAAAAACUCGGGGCUGGCUCUAUUUGGUGGUUGAUUUUGGGAGGACGUGUCAGGAGGGUAAGAACAGGAAGAAAAGUGUCUGAAUUUCGAUGGCUGCUCUCUGGCAGAGAUACAGAGAAAAGUCUCUGGAAGGCCACGGUUUACCUUAUUGAGAUGAUGCUGAAAGUCAUGAUGAUAAAAUUACCAGUGGGUUGGUCAAUUCUGUGACAUUGUGUAAAGAAAAUAUUUUGUCCUGUUUAAAGGUGAUGUAUUCAGGCUGAUGGUCUUGACUCAUUGGGUUAGAGAGAUCUGAUAUCUAUGUUUGUUAACUCAUGGUGCCUUCAAAAACUGUUUUGUUCUCCGUCUCUGUCUUUCUCCACUGUGUCUUCAAGACUUAAAAAAAAUCAACUAUUAGUCUAUAGAUUUCAGAAUGUCUGUCUAUGUAGGGGAGGGAUGCUGUUAGGGUGUUCAUACACGUACAGUACAUACUGUGGUAGACAUGCUAAAUGAAGACUUUUCAAUUGCCUACCAAAGACAGCACUCAGGCUCUUGUUAAAUCUUACUCCUUAUACCUUUGAUGUCUGUUUUUCACCUGUAGGCACAGUAUGGUGCAUUCUUUUUACACCAUAGGGAUGAAUAAAGACAAGACCCAGGUAUAUACACACACAUACAGACUGCUGUUUUGUACAUGCUUUAAAUAUGCUACGCAAAUAACCGAGGCCGUGGACUUGGCCCAAGGCACCUGCACUGUUAACUGUAUUUCGUAUUACAUUAAUGUACUGCAAUGCACAAAGUUAAUGAGGACUCGGCUUUUUUUUUUUUAAAUGAGUCCCUUACCCUUUUGAUUUGUCCUGUGAUUCUUGUUUGUCUCGUUAAUUGGUGCUGCUGAGCAGACCUGAAGUCAGAUUCCUUUUCAAGUGCUCUAGAUUAUUUCCGAGUGUUUACUCGAGUCUGUCUUGAGUGCUCAGUAGACUUGGCUGUUCAUUUUUAAGACCAUUCAGUUGUCUCCGUUUGAACUUCUACCUGGUAGUUUAGAAUAGGACUUUGACCCAGGUCUGAUGCCCAAUGAUCACGCGGUUCAGUUUAGUGAAGGCUACAUGCUGCAGUCCCUUUCACAUGAAACCCACUUUGGUUCUUAUUUACAGGUUCUGUUUCUCUCAUUCCUGUCUCUUGAUUCUGAUUUGAACACUAGUGCCAGAUAUAAUUUGUAAUUUGUGCAGAAUGGCAUAAGGUAUUUGUAUAUUUGUUCGCUAAUUUGCUUUACUAUAUGCGUUCAAAUGCAUAUCUGAAAAACAUUAAAUAAAAAAGUAACAUUUUGUUGUCCUGACUUGUCUUUUCAAUUAUGCAUCACACCAAAAAACAAAAAUCCUCC